AUGGAAGACAUGUUGGAGGGGAAACAAAAGAUCAGCGAAGGACAAGCUGGAUUUAGACCAGAUCGUAGUUGUGUAGACCAUGUAUAUACGUUGAGUAAAAUUAUCCAAGGUAGGAAAGACGCCGGGCGUACGACAUACUGUUUCUUCCUAGAUGUACAAAAAGCCUACGACACCGUUUGGCGCAAUGGAUUGUGGAAAAAGAUGUGGGACAUAGGGAUCCGGGGGAAAAUGUGGAGGAUGUUGAAAAAGAUGACAGAAUGCACAAGAAGUGCAGUGAUGUUGGAUGGGGAAAUCUCGAAGUACGUGGAUAUACUCCAAGGAGUCGCACAGGGCUGUACGAUGUCACCCACUCUUUUCAAGAUUUACAUCAACGACUUGAUAAGGGCGGUUGAAGCAGUAAGACAGGGAGUCCAAGUAGGGGGAAAGAGUGUGUCCGGACUGAUGUUUGCAGAUGAUUUCGUGGGGGUAUCCGAAACACCAGAAGGGUUGCAGGAAGAAAUAGAUGCGGUAGUAGGAUACACCCGAAAAUGGAGACUGUCGGCGAACGUAGGAAAAUACGCAGUAGUGGUGUAUACGUACCUGGGAGUAGAGAUUUCGAAGGAGUGCUCAUGGGACGCACACAUAGCAAAGUUGAUUGGGAAGGGUAAAGCUCAGAUAGGCAAGAUGGACGAGAUCCUUACGGACCCACACCUAGACACUAGGAUUAAGAGGUGUGUUCUCUUGAAUGUGAUUGUACCUAAGCUAGAGUAUGCAGGAGAGGUAUGGGAAGGUAACGAAAAGGCCGUCAAGCAGCUGGAAACGGUGCAGAUGGCAGCGGCCAAGAAAAUACUAGGAUGUUCAAGUACAACGAGCAACACAGUAUUGAGAGCAGAACUGGGAAUGUACUCUCUUAAAACAAAGAGAGACAUGCAAAAGUUGAAUUGGCAGUACAAGGUAAGUAGAAUGUCGGACGAUAGACUACCAGCCAUGGUUGACAAGGCAGCUUGGGGAAAAGCGACUCCAGGGAAGAAAGGAAUCAGAUGGGACAAAGUGGUAGAGAGGGUUUGGAAGGAGAUAGGAGACGAGGAGGGGAAGGGGUGUGACAUGGACAAGUUUGGUAAAUUAGACAACAGCGAAAAAACGAUCGCGGUAAUUGGGGAUAGAUGGUGGGCACAAGAGGCCGUAGGGGGCGGGGAUAAGAUGUGCAAGAAAUUCUUAUGUAGUUUGUGGCAGAAACGUUAA